UCAACAUGACUGAGAAGCAGAGCCAAGGACUAGCAGCCGACUGUCCGGUUUGCUGGAACCCCUACGACAACACCUUCCGCACACCCAAGGUGCUCCAGUGCCAGCACUCCUUCUGCAUCGAGUGCCUGGCUCACCUGAGUCUGGUGUCCACAGUGCGGAAUCGGCUGCAGUGCCCGCUCUGCCGUCACCCCACCAUGCUCCCCUCUGACCAGACAGUUACUGAACUUCCCACUAACGAUGCAGUCUUGCGGCUGCUGCGCUUGGAGCCCAACCACAUCAUCCUGGAAGGCCGGCAGCUGUGCCUCAAGGAACAGCGCAAGAGCAGAUACUGCUUGCGCCAGCCAAGGGUCUACACCCUUGACCUGGGCCCAGAGACGGACUCCAGCACUGUAAGCCGCCAGGACCCGACUACAACCACCACCCUGCCCAAUAGCUCUCCACCGUGGAACUGUGUUCGUGACCCCCAACUUCGCAUUUUCACCUACUUAAUGGCCAUCAUCUUAAGUGUGACUUUGCUACUCAUUUUCUCCAUCUUCUGGACCAAGCAAAUCUUUUGGGGCAUCGGUUGA